AUGGAAACGACGUUUGAGCGGUUCCCGGUCUUUUGCUUAGCAUUCCUUACGGCAUUGCGGCAGAUGUCUACGGUUGGCGACUCGUUGCGUUUCUCUCUAUCUUGGGGGUGCACUCUGUACCCGAUAGCCGACGUCCUCAUUUGCCUGAACUCUGAUAUCCUAUCGCCUCGCUGGAUAUGGACUGUGCCCAUCACCACCAUAGUUGGAGGCGGCGCGGCCGAUUUCCCCACGAUGCUGUAUACCAUUGUCAGCGACGCCGCUCCCCGAUCUAAACGAGCCGGGGCCUUUGUGGUAUUAACCACUGCACCAGUCCUGGGGCGAUUUGCCAGCGCGCCGGCUCUGUACUGGCUCAUGAACUAUGGAGAGUGGCAUUGCGUGCUCUUUGCGAUUGCGGCGUGGUUUCCGGCCCUUCUGAUUAUCAUGAUGGUCCCUGAGACGCUGCAUAUCAAGGAAAGUCUGGAGGAGAGCCGGCUCAAUGCCCCUGCAUCUAGUGCAUUCUCUCAGUCGUUUGCCGCUGCUCUGCGUUCAAAACUACAGUCCAUGUCGAAAACCGCCGCCGCUUCAUUACGGCAGAUGUUUUGGGAGGACUCGAAACUUUGUCUUCUGCUCCUCAGCACUCUAUCUUUAGAAGUUGGUCGAUUCCUCGUCGUCGGAAUUCUGCCACAGUACAUGACUAAGCGCUACGAGCUGGCGUGGAAGGAGGCAAGUCUAUGGCUUGCUAUCAAGUCAGUUUUACAGGUGGUAGUGGGUUUGCUGUUCUUGCCCAUCGCAUCUCAGCACUUGACGAAGGCAGGCAUGCCCGCUGUCACGAAAGACGCUUGGGUUGCCCGUAUCGGCUUGCUACUCGCCAUGGCAGGAUAUAUCAUUGCUGGCCUUGCCGACCGAUUACUUCUUUUCCUCGUUGGAACUGUCAUAUCAUCCUUUUCUAUCGGUGUUGAGCCUGCCAUGCGAAGCCUCUUGAUUGCCACUGCCCCCAAUUCUGGCUCUGGGGCACUCUUCUCGACGCUGCAAGUCAUGCUAUCACUGGGUAUUAUCACCGCAGGUCCUAUUAUUGCGGCAUCAUUCAGACUAGGGCUUCACAUGGAUCAAGAAUGGCUGGGGAUCCCUUUGCUUCUUUCGAGCAUCGUUAUGCCGCCAACCGCAACUCUUCUAUUUGCCCUCAAGUUUAAAGACUCUUCAGGCAGAAUAGCCCUAGACAGAGAUCCAGACAGCGGGGAUAAUGAAUAG